AUGGAUCCGGCUUAUGUGCAGGAGCUGCACGGUAUUCUGCAGCAAGCCAAUGUGCCCGACACGGCGGCCGUGAAGGCUGCGACGGAGGCACUCCAAUCCCGAUACCUGAAGGACAGCAAGGCUGUACCUGCUCUCUUUGAGAUUCUGGCGUCGUCUUCGGACUUGGCUGUGCGCCAACUCGCCUCUGUGGAAUUGCGGAAAAAACUGUCGAAGAGCAACAAGGUCUGGACGAAGCAGCCCGUCGAGAUCCGUGAUGGCAUCAAGACCAAGUUUCUCGAGAUUAUUUCCGCAGAGCCAAGCCACCUGCUGCGCAAUGCCAUGGCGCGUGUGAUUGCGGAGAUUGCUCGCAAGGAGCUUCCGAUGCAGUCGUGGCCUGCUCUGCUGCCGUGGCUGUUUACCUCGGCGGAGUCGCCAAAUGCCACGCAGCGCCAGACGGCCAUGCUUGUCCUGUUUAUCAUUCUGGAGACGUUUGUGGACAGUGAGGCUCUCAAGUCGCAGUUGCCGCGCAUUAUGGGCCUCUUCGCCAAGGGUCUACAGGACCCCGAGAGCAUCGAGGUGCGCAUUACCACUGUGCGCGCGCUUAGCAAAGUGGCUGAGAACCUGGACUCGGACGACCAGGCUGACCUGUCGGCCAUGCAGAGCGCGGUGCCGCAGAUGGUCGAGGUACUGCAACAAUGCCUCGAUGCCUCACACACCGAAGGUGUGCGUCAGAUUCUCGACGUGUUUGAGAACCUGUGCAUGCUCGAGGCCCCUGUUCUGACGGCGCACCUUGCCGACCUGGUGGGCUUCUUCGUGCGCAACAGUGCGAACCGGGACCACGAGGAGGACCUGCGUCUCAUGUGCCUCAACUCGCUUGUGUGGACGAUCCAAUACAAGCGCUCGCGUGUACAGAGCCUUGGUCUGGCCAAGCCGCUGCUCGAGCAGCUUAUGCCGAUUGCGACGGAGGAGGAGUCGGACGAUGUUGAAGAAGACACACCCGCGCGCCUUGCGCUGCGUGUCAUUGACCAGCUGGCGACUGAGCUCCCGCCGAGUCACGUCUUCCCUCCACUGCUCGAGCUGGUCCAGGCGUAUGCCCACCACCCUGAUGCUAUGCACCGCAAGGCGGCGAUGAUGGCAUUCGGUGUGAGUGUUGAGGGUUGCUCGGAGUACAUACGCCCCCACAUGGACGAGCUGUGGCCGUUUGUGGAGAGCGGCAUGAAAGAUCCUGAGGUGGUGGUCCGCAAAGCGUCGUGCAUUACACUGGGCUGCCUCUGUGAAAUGCUGGAUGAGGAGUGUGCCGCGAAGCAUGCUGUGUUCCUGCCGCUGAUUAUGGAGCUGAUCAAUGUGCCAGAGACGCAGCGCGCUGCCUGCACGGCUCUGGAUGCCCUGCUCGAGGUGAUGGGCGAUGAGAUCGCUCAGUACCUGCCCGCCAUCAUGGAGCGCCUGACGGGUCUGCUGGAGACGGCGCCCGUUGCCGUCAAGGCUACGAUCACGGGUGCGAUUGGCAGUGCGGCGCACGCGGCGAAAGAAGGCUUUGUGCCGUACUUUGCGCCGCUCAUGCAGCGUGUGCAGCCAUUCCUGCUGUUUACCGAAGAGGGCGAGGAAAUGGACCUGCGUGGCAUUGCCACCGAUACCAUCGGCACGUUCGCCGAGGCGGUGGGCGCAGAGCACUUCCGUCCGUACCUGCCCGAUAUGAUGCGCAUUACCGUCGAGAGCCUGGCGAUGGACCAGCCACGCAUUCGUGAAUGUGCGUUUAUUUUCUUUGCGGUCAUGUCGCGUGUGUUCAAGGACGAGUUUGGCCCCUACCUGGAGCAUGUGGUGCCUCGCAUGCUGCAGAGCUUCGAGCAAUCGGAACACGAUCCUGUGCCGGGUGCGCCGGGCGAUGGCACGAUCACUGGCUUUGGCGUGCCGGACGAGGAUGAGGAGGACGAUGGGUUCGUGGACAUGGAGGAGCUUGCGAACUCGUUCCUGAACGUGUCCACAGCUGUGGCCAUCGAGAAGGAGGUGGCGGCCGACUCGCUGGGCGAGCUGUUCCAGUACACGCGCGGUGCGUUCCUACCUUACGUGGAGCGUGCGACUGAGGAGCUGAUCAGUCUCACGUCGCACUUUUACCAGGGUAUUCGCAAGAGCGCCAUCGCGACGCUGUUCACGUUCAUCAACACGCUAUACGAGCUGAGUGACUCGCCUGAGUGGGUGCCGGGCGUGCAGGUGAAGGUGCCGCUGAACCCCGAUGUGCAAAAGAUUGUGCAACUAGUCGUGCCCAACAUCAUGGAAGCCUGGGAGGCCGAGGACGACCGCACCGCCGCUAUCGAGAUCUGCCAGUCGCUAGCGGGCUGCCUGAACAAAUGUGGUCCUGCCAUCAUUACGCCAGACUGGCUCGAGACUACGUGCCUGUACACGCAUCAAAUUCUCGACAAGAAGUCCGCGUGCCAAGUUGACCCGGAGGGUGAGGAGGCAGAGGACUCGGAGGACUCGAGCGAGUACGAGUCGGUGCUGAUCAGUGCAGCCACGGACCUGGUCGGCGCGAUGGCGAACGUGCUGGGCGGCGACUUUGCGGGUCCGCUGCAGCAGUUCCUACCGCUGUUGUGCAAGUACUACAGCCCAGGCCGCUCGACGAGCGACCGUGCCACGGCAAUUGGUUCGCUGGGCGAGGUUAUUGUGGGCCUCAAGAGUGCCAUUACACCGUUCACACAGGACAUCCUCACGGUGCUCUCGCACUCGAUCACCGACGAAGAGGCGUCCGUGCGUUCGAACUCUGCGUUUGCCGCUGGUGUGCUGAUUGAGAACAGCGACGCGGACUUGUCGCCGCAUUAUGCAUCGCUACUUACCGCAUUGCAGCCUUACUUUGCCAAGACGGCCGACGAAGCGGACGAUCUUAAGACAGCGCGCGACAAUGCGUGUGGGUGCCUUGCGCGCAUGAUCAUGAAGAAGCCCGACGGUGUGCCCCUGGACCAGGCGCUCCCUGUGCUUUUCUCGUCUUUGCCACUGGAAAAUGACCACGCAGAGUGGGCGCCCGUGCUGCUGUGCCUGAUCCAGCUUGUGCGCGCGAACCACCCUGCUGGCAUGCAGCACCUUGACACAAUCUUACAGCUCUUCAGACACGUGCUCGGCAGCUCGGAGGACGUUUUGGGUGGGCAGUUACGGGGCCACGUGGUGGCGUUCCUCUCGCUGCUCCACACACAGGCACCCGAGAAGGUGCGCGAGUAUGGUCUGGAGGCCUACCUGGUGUAG